AGCGUUACCUCCUCCGUUUUCUCUCGGAAAGGAGUCUUCUUUGCUUCAUUGCAUCGGCGCACUUGGCUCUGUUCUUGUGGCGCCACCCAACUGCUCCCACUAAGGAGAAAAGAGAAGAGGUGUUGACGGAUUAUAGAAGGUUUCAUGGGUAGAAAAGCUAUCUUUUUGGUCCCCUUUUUUAGCUAAAGGACCCUGGAUUUUGAUGUGAGCUCCCGGUGUUUGAGGGAAGCGAGGGUUUUGGCAGAACAAGAUUUUAGCUUGGCGGAGGGAAGUUGGGUUUGCGGGAAGAACUCGAUCAGUUGUUGCAGUUCCAAGACUGUGUUGGUCAUCUUGUGCGAGUCUUUUGGUUUCGGGCAGUCAAAAAGAGCUGCUUUUUUGGCAUUGGUGUCCAAGUAGACAAAGAUCUUGGAGGGUUGGCUCAAGAUUUGGUGUUGAGGUGCAUCACGUUUGGAUGUCCAUGAAGAAACCUUCUUUUGUCAUUCUGGAGAUCUAGGAGCUGUAUCUGUUGCUUGGAAGAAUAAAAAAAAAAAAGAAACCUUUUUUGAAGUGCAUGAUUACUGAGGACCUGUGAUCAUCUGUGAAAAGGUCAUCAUUUGAUUUAGUUUGUGAUUUGGAAUUGAGGUGCAGCAGGCAUGGAUGUCCUUCAAGAGACCUCUUUUAGUCAUCCUGAAGAUUUAGGAACAGUAUCUGUUUCUUGGAAAGAAACCUCUUUAAAGUGCAUGAUUACUGAAGGGUUGUGAUCAAAUUGCAGUAGAGAAGCAGUUGUUUCAGGAGCUUGAUGGGUUCUUCAGGCUCCAAGCCUUCCAAUGGGGAUGCUUUGCUUCUAUCGAGAGAGCGCGUAAAAUGCAUUAGGCAAGCUAUUGAUUCGAGAUAUGCUUUAUCUGCAGCUCAUCUCUCUUACAUCCAAUCUCUUUGUAGCAUAGGAACUGCUUUAAGGCAGUUCGUGGAGGCUGCGCUCUUGAUAGAGCCAUCAUAUUCUACCUCCGAAGUUAACAAGUCCCCAUCGCAUUCUUUUUGUGUUACUCCAUCGCCUUCCCAAUUUGCCGAGCAUGUCAGUUCACCAUCACAAAGUGGGAGUCCAUUGUCGUCGCCUCGACUGUCAAAUAUGAGUUACAUGAGGGCAACAGGGGCUAGUGCUAUGACUGUCACAAUUGAUUCAUCAGCAACACAUUUUGUCUCAGAAGAUUCUCUUACUUCUUCCCUUCUGCCACCACCACCACUCCUGGAAAUUGGAUCAUCAUGGGACUACUUUGAUCCCGCUAAUGCAGUGGCUAACUGUGAAUUGCAUAAAGGUGAACCUAGUGGAAGCAUAAAUUUUUGCAGGAGACAGUUAAAGGAAGCAGAAGUGGUUCCUUUGAGCGAAGAGCAAGUGAUGAUAUCAUGCGAGGAGAAGCAAUUAAUAGGAAACAAGGUCUGUUUGGAGGGAUUCGAUGUGGAAGUUAAAUCUAUAAUCUUGGCACAUAAAAUAGAUAACAUCAGAUGUAUGCAUUCUGGGUCCCUUAGUGUUAAAGGAUCAAUUAAAACUAUGAUUAAAAUUGCCUCAUCUGAUAUUUCUGGAUCAAAUAUAGAGAAUAGUGAUCUGCAGAGAGAGAUAUAUGCUGAAAGGGAGGACACAUCUGAGUUCAUCACACACCGAGCAAAAUGCUUCUUGUCCAGCAUGAGGGACAUCGAGCACCGAUUUCUACGUGCAGCAGAAGCAGGCACUGAGAUGUCUAGGAUGCUGGAGACAGAUAAGAUCAGGCUUGGCAUCUCUGCUGACAGAAGAGGUAAAUCACCAUCUUCUCAAAUUACUUCAGUCUUUAAUCGGAUCUGGUGCAAAGGAGAGCCUCUCCGAAAGCAUGGAGAUUCUAUGCAGAAUCUGAGAAAGGUUAUCACAUGGAACCAUUCAGUCUCAUCUCUGUCAUCAUCAUCAUCAAAAAUCCCUCUUACCUCAGCAACAAAACAUGAUGAGGAAAAUACGCAAAGUGAUUUUACUGAAGAAUUUUGUAUGAUUUCAGGAAGUCAUUCAUCCACAUUGGACAGGCUAUAUGCAUGGGAACGCAAACUGUAUGAUGACAUCAAGUCUAUUGAGUAUAUCAGGAAGGUGUAUGAUCAGAAAUGUAAGCAACUCGGACAUCAAUGUGCAAGAGAUCUAGAUGCAGGAUUGAUUGACAAAACUCGGGCUGUUGUAAAGGAUCUUCAUUCUCGAUUAGGAGUGGCUAUUUGGUCAGUUGAAUCAAUUUCAAAAAGAAUUGAGAAGUUGAGGGACGAUGAGUUGCAGCCUCAACUUGUGGAACUGAUGCAAGGGUUGAUCAGGAUGUGGAAAGCUAUGCUUGAAUGCCACCAUGCACAAUUCAUCACGAUAACAUUAGCAUAUCUAACAAAGAGCUCAACCGCAGCAGCACUUGGCGAACCCUAUCGGCAGGCUUUAAGCCACCUCAUAAAUGAGAUGGGCUACUUCAGCCAUACCUUUUCGAUUUGGGUCAGUGCUUAUAAAUCCUAUGUAGAGGCUCUCAGUACCUGGCUUCAGAAGUGUGUCUUGCACCCCCAAGAACGCAGGAAGGGAAGGCGGGUCAUCUUUCCUCCUCAUCAAGCAUUAUCUCCGCCUAUAUUUGUGCUCUGCAAUGGUUGGCUUCAUGGACUCGAGUCCCUUCCUUCCAAGGAUCUCUGUGAUUCUAUUGAAGAGAUCAUGUCAAUCCUACAUGACUCCUUUGAGCAGCCAACAGAAGCUGAACAAGCUGGAAAAUUGGCCAACGAGCCAGAAAAUAGCAGAGGAUUUGACGGCAAGCAAGUGCGAGACUAUGGAAGACCUUCGAACUUAGAUGAGUUGAAGACAGGAUUGACAAGGCUUUUUGAUCGGCUGACAAAGUUCUCCGAGACAUCGCUGAAGGUCCAUGAAGAUGUGAAGCAGGGGAUUGAGAUAGCUUCCAUUGCUUAUGCAAACAUAGUAGUUUAGCUGGUAAAAUGUUACAUAGUCACUGCUUUGUAGAUGUGUCAUGACUGUGUAUGCCAGAGCCAUAUAAAACUUGAUCUAAAGCAAUUGCAGGAUGAAUGACUUGAUGGUGCA